UUUGAAGGAUUUUUUGAGGUUCUGUGCCCCAUAAAUUCUGAUAAAGAUCCAGAGCUUAAAAGACAAUUUCCUGAUGUUUUUGAUGACCAGGACUCAGUAACAACGCUUACAAAGUUUUGCUUCCCUUUUGAUGUGAAAAGAUGGCAGAACUCUUCCGUUCAGCACUUCAGCUUUACACUGACCGACCUCCAGGGCUACCAGCGGUUUGGUUUUUGUCGUAUGUCUGUAGAGGCGAAGAGCUGUACAUGUAUCCUCAGCUGUUUGCCAUGGUUUGAGCUUUUCUACAAACUACUCAACAAUAUCGCAGAGCACCUAGUAAAGGACCAGUUCAACGAAAUUACUGACAUUCUGCAGACUCUGUAUGAUCACCCAGUGCCGGACGUGGACAAGACUCUGAACCUAGAAAUGUUUUCCUAUUUUGUGGUUCCGGACCCUGCAAAACUGCCAUCUAUUCCAGAAAAUAGAAAUCUCACAGAAUUCCUUGUUGCAGUCCAGGUGGACACAAUGUUGCAGUUAUACUCCAGCCUUUUAUGUGAGCGGAGGAUCCUGAUUACAUCUAGUAAACUUAGUACACUGACUGCCUGUGUCCAUGCCUCUGCAGCCCUCCUGUAUCCCAUGUACUGGCAGCACAUCUAUAUUCCUACACUACCU